UGAACCACCGUCGAGCGACGUCGCGACUUGUAAAUGGCUGCCAACUCAUCGCGAUGUUAAUACACGUCAGAAGUAUUUGAUACAUUCCUUCAGACUGUCUACAUGUGAGGUGUGAGAAGAAAGAAGUAUUCUCGUUAACCAUUUUGUGCGUAUUUAUUAAAUCUGUAAAAGAAUAUUUCCCGUGGUAAACGAAUACAGAAUGGCGGGCAAGACUCUCGUCGCCGUUGCGCUUCUCUCCCUUUUCGCAAACGUACGGGCGAUUAUGUUCUACUUAGAGCCCAACGCCGAGAAGUGUUUGAGGGAAGAAGUUCAGGCCAACGUUCUUGUCUCCGGUGAAUACGAGGUUUCUGAAGCUACUGGACAGACUGCUAAUUUCAUCGUAACCGACUCCAAAGGACACACACUUUCCAAAAAGGAAGAUAUUUCACGUGGAAAGUUUUCCUUUGUCACCGAAACCUUCGACACCUUCCAAAUAUGCUUCACAUCUCAUGUUCCCCCUCAUAUGCGAGGAAUAAAGCAAGAAGUCGCGUUGAAUAUCAAGCGAGGGAUUGAGGCGAAAAGCUACGAAGGGAUUGGCGAAGCAGCCAAGCUUAAACCUAUGGAAGUGGAGCUGAAGCGUCUUGAGGAUUUAUCCGAAUCCAUUGUUCAGGCCUUUUCCUGGAUGCGCAAAAACGAGGAAGAGAUGAGAGACACAAAUGAGUCGACUAACAGUAGAGUAUUGUACUUCAGCAUAUUCUCAAUGUGUUGUCUCCUGGGUCUGGCGACCUGGCAGGUUCUCUAUUUGCGGCGUUUUUUCAAAGCGAAGAAACUGAUCGAGUAAAUGAAAAGAAUGAGAAUGACGUACAAAUAAAAAUAAUCCUUCGCAAAUUGAAAUGGGAACGAAUGUAAUAAGCCUCAAGGCUGCAAGAAUUCAAUCGGGUGAUUGCAUGGAAAAUCUUUUACGCUCGGCACCAUUCGUUGUACCUUAAUUAUAUAUUGUACAUACAUACAAUUAUUAAGUAACGCCGCUGAAACAAUGUUUGGCAAAACAGCUAUACUGAAAGUUUUGUAUUUUGAAAAUAGAAAAGAAGGGGAAAAAACAAACAAACAAGAAACGUAUGCAAAAAGCUGAAAAAAAAUUUGAAGCAUACUUACUGAAAUAAGUAUAAAACAAUGAACGGUAAACGAUUAUUUAUUUAUACGUUAAACAAUAUUUCACAUAGGAAUCAUCGACAACCUACUUCGUGUGUAUUCACACAGAUGUAGACAUAAAUACAUACAUUAUCGGUAAUAUACAAUGUAUGGUUUUUUUUUUUUUUUUUUAUGUUAAAGAGUAAAAAUGAAAUCCGGGUACACCUUAUGUGUUGUUUUAGAUUUACGGCCUAUCUAUUUCACCUAUGUUUCGUUGACCUAAAUUGAUUUUAUUCAAAAAAUAAACGAAACCGCGGUGUCAUGAGGAAGCACGUGACUUGUGAAUGACGUCAUUGGAAGAUGGCGGUUCUCGGGUGAGAAUGAGAAGAAAAGGUUGCUUUUCGCCUCAAAACGGGUUACGAGCUAUCUGAAAUUGGUGUAAUUUCCGAAAGUGGAGUGGAGAAAAAAAAAACCUACAAACUUGAUUCUGCGACAAUCAUUGAAAGUGAAUCGACAUGUCGGAAGAUUG